AACUUUCCCUUCGUCCCUCCCACGACUAAGGUCCAGGUCCCAGGGGUUUCCCUUGCACCUUCAUCCCUGGCCCCGCAGAGGCCUGCUUCUCGCUUCCAGGGUCGCCAGAGCGCCCCUCCCGCCACCCCUCGACCUCCUGGCCGGAUCCUGGAAGAGAAGGAGAGGAGGUCUGGGGUUUCCAGAGUCCACGGUUUUGCUAAGGAGCUGCAGUGAUGUUGAUGCGGCUGGUCCUCAGUGCACACCUGAGCAGCACGACCUCUCUGCCCUGGACACCUGCUGCCAUCAGCUGGGAGCUGGACAACGUGCUGAUGCCUAGUCCCAGAAUCUGGCCCCAGGUGAGUCCAACAAGUGGGCAGGAUGUGCAUGUCAUAGUAACCAGGACCUGUGGGUCUAUGCUGAGCCCUGCCGCCUACACCCACGGCUGUGGCUGUGUGAGAUCUGCCACAAACAUUACCUGCCAGUCCUCAGGACAAUGAAGGCAGGAGGCCCGGCAGGAAGAGGAGAACUCAAUCUGCAAGGCCCAUGAUAGCAGAGAGGGCCACCUGGUGCCUCUCAGUGCCCAUCAGCCUGGUUCCUGUGGUCCUAACUAG